ACUAGAUUGAUUUAGCCAAUGAUUCGAGCAGUAAAAGCAGCAUCAGCCGAUUACCCUCACGUCGCCUUUAGAGCAGAAAUUAGUCAAGCUUGGCUGAGCGAGUUCCCCGUUCACCGCCACACCUCAAAAUAACGACGCCCGCUAUGUCGUCUGUAUAGAGUCAUCUCGCGCGAAUUACGUGGCUCCUUUCCUCGUGUUUUGAGGCUGAGACUACUCGCCGGGACCCUGAAUUUGACCGAACAAACCAAGGGGCGCCCCUUGGUCCCUUCCCCACAUGGAUAACCCGAUGCGUGGCAAGCCCAAUGGAUCUAAUAGUUAUAAAUUAAACGCCGGCCUGCAAGAUGAUGUGCCGUGAAAUAAGUAGUCGCGCCCAGCGAUUAUCCGCUCUCCUUUGCUUUAUCGUCUUUAUUUGUUCCGGUCCUGUUCACGGUUCUUCGUCGACCUCCUCAGCCUUCUCGACCUCUGCUCCGACGUCAUCCUUGCCUGCUCCGACACUGCCUUUCCAUCUCAAUCAAUCGUUCUCUCACUCGACCUCACAGUAUUCUAGAUUUCCACUGCAGCAGCCUAUCAUGGGAGACAUUACCGGCUACAAGUCUGUGGCGUAUUUUGUGAAUUGGGCAAUUUAUGGCAGAGGCUAUAAUCCGCAGGAUUUGCCUGCAAACGAUCUGACACACGUACUAUAUGCUUUUGCCAACAUCCGCAGUGACACUGGUGAAGUUUAUCUUACGGACUCAUGGGCCGACACCGACAAGCACUACCCUGGCGACUCAUGGAAUGACGUCGGUACCAAUGUCUACGGAUGCAUCAAGCAGCUGUUUCUGCUCAAGAAGCAGCAUCGUCAUUUGAAAGUCCUGCUGUCAAUUGGUGGAUGGACUUACUCCUCUAACUUUGCCGGGCCGGCUUCGACCCAAGCUGGAAGAGAGACGUUUGCAAAGACAGCAGUCAAGCUUGUUGAAGAUCUGGGACUUGACGGUAUUGACAUUGAUUGGGAGUAUCCACAAGAUGAUGGCCAGGCGAGAAACUUUGUCGAACUUCUAGCAGAAGUGAGAAAGGCAUUGGACAUCUCUGCUCUUCAGAGCGGCCCUGGCAGCCGGUUUUAUUUGUCUGUGGCCUGUCCAGCUGGACCUAGCAAUUACGAAAAGCUCCACCUCAAGGAAAUGGAUGCGUAUCUUGAUUUUUGGAACCUCAUGGCCUACGACUAUGCCGGCUCAUGGGACAGCGUUGCUGGACACCAAGCCAACAUCUUCAACAGCCAGUCUGAUCCCGCAUGCACACCAUUUUCCACCGAGGCAGCCAUAUCGUACUAUACGUCUCAUGGCGUUGCUCCGCAUAAGAUUGUUCUUGGCAUGCCCUUGUAUGGCCGUGCCUUUGCCGACACUAAUGGCCCAGGCCAGUCCUUCAGCGGCGUCGGCGAAGGCAGUUGGGAGAAUGGCGUUUGGGAUUACAAGGCGCUGCCACGUCCUGGAGCGCAAGAACACGUCGACCCAAACAUUGGCGCAUCCUGGUGUUAUGAUAACCAGAGCCGCACUAUGGUGACCUAUGAUAAUGUCCAGAUGGCCGCUACUAAAGCAGAUUAUAUUAUGCGCAAAGGCCUAGGUGGCGGCAUGUGGUGGGAGAGCAGCUCUGAUAAACCUGGCGCAGAUAGUUUGAUCGGAACUGUUUCAGGUGCGCUCGGAGGCAUAGACCGUGGCACCUUGGACAAGACCCCGAAUUGUUUGCUCUAUCCAGGAUCCAAGUACGACAAUCUUAGAAACGGCUUCCCUGCCAAUUAGCAAAGGACCUUGCGGACUUAAGGCUAUCAGAGUUUGGAACCUGAUGGAACGAAGUGCAUUAAUAGAACGGCCUGGAACUGUCGUCAAUUUGCCGGGACUUUGGGAGUCUGGUGGAUAGCCAAUAGCUCUUGCAUUAAAAAGAAUGGAAAAUAUAUCAUAACUCAUAUCACAAGC